AUGCUUAGGAAGUAUAUCAAGUCCGUCAAGGACGAGAACACCAAAACAAGUUCAAGCUCAUGCUCAAGUGCAGAGUCAAGCACAAGCUCACAACACAAAACUGAGAAGGAUGACCAAAAUGACAGAAUGCUCUAUAAACGCUAUUCCAGCUCAAUUGAGUCAAGCCGAGAAUCAAGCAUGAUCUCGUCCGUCACUAUGUCAACUCUGGACUCUCUCUAUAAUAAGAAAAGUUGGCAAGAAGAACUCGAGUAUUUUACAAAAAAUAAUCACAGCAGCUCGCGAAAGCCUCCAGUUAGCAAGCUGCCUGAGAUUCCGGUUUGGCAGUAUCCCGGUGAGGGCCAGGACGAAUUUUCAAGUCUGGAAUCAGAGCUUUAA